AUGGCGAAUUCGUGUUUGGAAGGAGGUAGAUUCAGCGCACCAGGUUUCCGGUUUCACCCUACCGAUGAGGAGUUGGUGGUGUAUUAUCUGAAGAGGAAGAUCUGUGGGAGAAAGCUUAGAAUCAAUGCUAUCGGUGUCGUUGAUGUCUACAAAGUGGAUCCUACCGACUUGCCUGGUCUAUCGGUGUUGAAAUCUGGAGAUAGGCAGUGGUUCUACUUUACUCCAAGGAACAGGAAGUAUCCAAACGCAGCUAGAUCGAGUAGAGGCACAGCAACUGGUUAUUGGAAGGCAACAGGGAAGGAUAGAAUCAUUGUGUACAACUCGAGAUCGGUAGGACUCAAAAAGACUCUUGUUUUCUAUAGAGGUCGUGCACCUAAUGGUGAACGUACUGACUGGGUGAUGCACGAGUAUACCAUGGAUGAAGAAGAACUCAGCAGAUGUAAGAACGCCAAGGAGUAUUAUGCUCUUUAUAAGCUGUACAAGAAAAGUGGGGCUGGUCCCAAAAACGGCGAAGAGUAUGGUGCUCCGUUCCAAGAAGAAGAAUGGGUCGAUGAUGAUGAUAGAGAAGAGGCAGAUAAUGUUACUGUACCGGAUGAGCAUGUGGUCCAAUAUGAGAAUAACCGUCGUAUAGGAGAUGGUGUAUUUUGCAAUCCUGUCAAUGUUCAGUCAGAUGAUCUCAACAAGCUUCUCAACGCAAUCCCAUAUGCACCAGGGGUUGCUCGAAGACAACUGAAUGAGCUUUCUGCUGUUAUGCAAGUUAAUAGCGAAGAAGAGAUACAGAGCACGUUGCUGAAUAAUUCUUCUGGAGAGUUUCUUUCCCCCUUGGAAACUGGAGUGUUCUUGCCAAAUUAUCAGCCAAACAGUAUGCACUCGAGUUAUCAGCCCCAUGCAGCUAACUCAUUAGAUGGUAGUGAGGUCAAGUCAGCUUUCAAGACCUCUGGUAUUGCACCUUUCGUGUUUGAGAAGGAGGAUUACAUUGAAAUGGAUGAUCUUCUCACCCCUGAACAAGGAGCUGCUUCAGUUGAGAAGCCUGCACAGUUCUUGAACCCUGGUGAAUAUGAACACUUUAAUGACUACGACCAAUUGUUCCAUGACGUUUCCAUGUCUUUCGAUUUAGAACCUCUGUUUCAGGGAACUUCGACAGAUCUGACUUCUUUGAGUAAUUUUGCUAAUGACGACGGAAGACAGCAUAUCCUUUAUCAACAACAGUUUCAGAACAAGACCCCAAAUGUCAAUCAAUUCAUUGACGAUAUGUGGUUUAAAGAUGCUCAGGCUGAUCUCUAUGAUCAACCACGAUCUUCUUCUCUAGCGUUUGCUUCACCUUCAUCAGGUACUGCGACUCAUUUUCCCGUCUCACCAAGUUAUUUUCCCACUAAAAGCUAA